UAGUUUCGAACUCCUGAGCUCAAACUAUCCACUCGCCUCAGCCUUGUGGAGUGCUAGGAUUACACGCGUGAGCCACAAUACCCAGCCUGAAUCAGUUUAAUUCUUGAUCUCUGAUGCUGAAAUGCCAUAUUCUGUGAUCAUUCAGAAAAUUUGGAAAUCUCUUUGAUAUUUGAUGGCCUUCUACUAGGAAAAGUGACCAUAUUAAUGCAGUAGAUGGAAGAUUAAGGAUUCUGCAAAUGUUAAUUUCACUCUGGUAAUAGCAAAAUCUUGAUAGCAUUUAAUAUCAGGUUUUUUUCACAAAAUUCAGUUGUGCAUUUCAAGUACUGACCUUUAACAAAGUACAAAACUAUAAUCCUCCUGACUUCUUAAAAUUCCUACUGUGACAGUUGCCCAGGCCUCUCCCUUACAUCCUUCAUUCAUUGUUUACCUAUGUAAAUUUGCUCCUGAGGUGACAGGUUUCAACUUACUGGCAACAUCUAUGAUACAAAAUAGUUAAAGCUCAUUGAUUCGAUCAGGAUGAAACUUGCAGCCCUUAUCCAAUUAGCAUCAUCCUUUGAGUCAAAUGCAAUAGGCUGUCAACUGUACAAACACCUUUUAACUCUUAUGCCCUCAUUUCAAAGUCUUGCUCAUUUUCUUAUUUUUUUAAGAAGCAUGUGGUAUGACUGGGAUAGGGAAGGAAAAGAAAAGCAUGUUGUCACUUGAGUGAAAUUGUCUUAGAAAUGUUACCAAGUUAGGGUUGGGUGUUUCCUGUCCUUGGAAAAGAACAGGCCUAAACAGUACCUUCAUCCUGUAGCUACCAAGAAGGCACCAUGAUUGAGAUUAGAGAUGCUCACUUGGUUGGUUUUAAUCAAAUAUAAAUUAAAUGCUUUCAAAAAUAUUUAUUAAAAGGAUAGGAAUUUAAAAAAUGCUAUAUUUUUAAAGGGCCUCCUCCAUACAACCUUUUGUUUCUUAAACAAUAUAUGAACUACCUAAAGAAAGGAUGAAAUUAGAAAGUCAGUGGGAGAAACAACUGUGGAAUCAAGACCUAUUUAAAUUUGAGCCUAGUUAUUGGAUUUUGUGUACAAUUAUUUUACUUCUUAAGGCUUUAGUUUCUCAUAUGGUAGAAAUAAUAUUCACCUCAGAAUUAUUCUCAGGAUCAAAUAGUUGCUUUAAAGCUUUUAGCACAGUGUUUGACUCGUAGAUGCUUAAUAAAUGGCAACUAUAGUAAUAAUAAAAAUAUUGAAUACUUUUUCAGACCAAAAAAGACAAAAAGGACAUGGGGAGCAUUAAGGGAGGGUGAUAAUAAAAUGAACUGAUCAUAUGUGUUUAUGAAAUAGAUUACAUUAGGCAGAGGUGUCAUGAGGAUUAGUAUGAUAGUGACCUUGUUGCUAAGUGCAAAAGCAAAACAAUGACAUAAAAACAAGUGUGCUAAGUACUGAGUGGAGGAGAGAGAUGGAGGCAGACGCUGCAGGAAAAAAAGUUGAUUAAAAAGGGCCCUUUGAUUCCACAGGCACAAAAAAUCCACAGCCAGGAAUUUGCUGCCACCUCUGAGUCAGGCAGGGGGUGGGGGUGGGGUGUACAAUCCCAUUAGUAGAGAAUGCCCAGUGGAUUUAGUCUGUGAGAGUCACAUUUCUUAUUUGGACCAGUGUAGACAGAAGCAAACCCAGCUCACUUGUUUCCUGGGACAGUUGAGGUAGGGGAUGGCUUUCGCAGAGCAUUCACCGCUGACCCCUCAUCGCCGAGACCUCUGUAGCCGUUCUAUCUGGCUAGCCAGGAAGAUUCGUUCAGACCUGACUGCUCUUAUGGAAUCUUAUGUGAAGUAUCAGGGCCUGAACAAGAACAUCAACCUGGACUCUGUGGAUGGUGUGCCAAUGGCAAGUACUGAUAAAUGGAGUGAGCUGACUGAGGCAGAGCGACUCCAAGAGAAUCUCCAAGCUUAUCGUACAUUCCACGUUAUGUUGGCCAGGCUUUUAGAAGACCAACAGGUACAUUUCACCCCAACCGAAGGUGACUUCCAUCAAGCUAUACACACCCUUCUACUCCAAGUUGCUGCCUUUGCUUACCAGCUAGAGGAGUUAAUGAUACUCCUGGAACACAAGAUCCCCCCCAGCGAGGCUGAUGGGAUGCCUGUUGUUGGAGAUGGUGGUCUCUUUGAGAAGAAGCUGUGGGGCCUAAAGGUGCUGCAGGAGCUUUCACAGUGGACAGUGAGGUCUAUCCAUGACCUUCGUGUUAUUUCUUCACAUCAGACUGGGAUCCCAGCACAUGGGAGCCAUUAUAUUGCUAAUGAAAAGAAAAUGUAGCAUUUAGCCCCUUUUCCCUUCCUUGCUUUCUUUUCAGAUGGAAUGUACAUCUAUAGACUUAUCUUAAAUUUCUGAAAACCUUUAAGACCAUAGGCAUUUUCAUCAAGUAGGGUUGGAGACAUGGACAAAUGGGCAUACACAUCUAGUUUGGGGUGGGUGCAUGCACACGCGUGCGUGUGUGUGUGUGUGUGUGUGUUGUGUGUAUUAGGGGCAUGUGGGAGUGAGGACAACAUCCGUCUACUUCAGUGCUUUAAUUUUUCUAACCCACUAAGGAACCAUUAUAGACAUUUAACAGCCUGAAUCGUUCUGGAUAACUUGCCUGAGAAGGCUGAGCCAUUGAAUUAAACUGAUGGACUUUGGCCAAUUUAAACUCUUCAACAAUAAAAAUAAUAAUUAACAUUUA